AUGAUGAAGUUGAAGCUGGCAUCUUCGAAAGAGAUUGACGCUAUAACCAGGAUAAAAGAAUCUACCGGUGAAUGAGAAAAAUGCCAACAAAAUUUUGGUGAAUUUCGAAUAUGCAAAUUCGAUUUUUUGCGCAAAUUCGUGGGAAAAUUGACGUUUUUUUCAGAUUUUCAUUCAAAUUUUCUCAAUUUUUUGGAACGUUUUUUGCAACGUGGAGGGAUUUCGGACGUUUUUGUUGGAUUUUGAAGGCAUCAGGACGAGUAUGGACAAGGGUUUUUUUUUACUGUAUGGCAUUUUUUGGGUGACUUUUUGACAAUUUUUUCCCCCGAUUUUUUAGAUUUUGAUGCAGUUUUUAAUUUAUAUGGAAUUUCAGAUGGUUCCUUUGGACAUGGAAGACAACAUGUGAUUCGAAUUGCCGCAGAAUGAGUUCUAGAUGAUGGGCAAAAUGGAAAAAGUAAGUCGUGUUUUGUUUUUGGAUUGUUUGAAAUUUAGGCAGUUGCAUCGGAGACCCCCGUCCACGCGAUGUCAUGAGAGGCGUGCGGUGGCUGAAGCCUUGUUGGGAGGAACUGGAAUCGGCCAGGAUCGAAGUAUUGCCAAUACUUCGAUCCCAGCGGACGAUUUCAAUGAUGAGAAAAUGGGCAGAUCGAUGGUGCACUGAAUGGGCGUUAUUGGAAACUGACUCAAUGGUGGGCGUUUUUUAAGUCGUAUUUUAGAAGAUUAUGGCGGAUUUGAGGGUAUGGGUCGUAAUUGGCGUUGUGCUGAGAAUUUUUAUCAAAUUUGCGGGAUAAAUUUGAAUUCCUUUGAAAAUUUACUAUAGUUGGAACCUAUGUUAGGGAAAGUCAAUCUGUGGUCGUUGCAUUUCAUAUUUUAGAGUUUAAUCGAACCUUUUCUUACAGUCAUUUUGAUUAAUUUCUCUUCUAGAAGUGACAUGAUUAUUAUAACAGUCUCAUUUAGGCCUUCUACGACGAGAAAUCAUUGCCUGACAUAUACUCCAUUUGA